GACAAAGGCGUCGAACAUCCAUCAUGGCACCGGUCCUGUUGGAUAAUGUAUGCUAACGAUGUCGAUUGAUCUUCCACAGCUGCCCGCUUGCUCAAAGUGCAGAGUCCGAAAAGUCCGUUGCGAUCGGCAAGCUCCGAAAUGCGGCAAUUGCACGAAAGGCAAUGCCGCGUGCAUCAUCGUGGAUCUCAUUACUGGCGAUCAGCAUGCGAGAGACUACAUUCAGCGACUUGAGGAGGAGGAAGCAUCCUUGAAAGUACAGCUCAACACUCGAACCCCACAUGAUGCAUUGCAAUCGGACCAGGCCGAACAGGUUCCUCGGGGCCCAUUGACGAGUGAGACUGUGGUAUCACAUAGUGGGUUUGUUGGUGACGGAAGUGGCCUUGGAUUUCUGCACCACAUUCUGUCUGAGGGCAAGUGGCAGCACCACCGAGCCCGCGUUUUGGAUCAGCUUGCGGACCGGCCAAGAAUCUCGAAGCAGUCCAUCACGCCGCACGAAUUCCCAACAUUGUCUGAAGCUGAGCAGCUGCUUGAGAACUAUUUCACCCGAUUCCACAUUCAUCACACUUUUCUCUUGCGCCAGGAAGUUCUCAACAUAUUCUACAAGCUCUACGGCCAAUCACCCCCGUCAGACGCGAUUAUCCCAAUCGUUGAUGCACCCGAUGUGCAAGAUAGGUUCCGUCUCCUGAUGGUGUUUGCCAUUAGUGCGACCACCCGGUACCGGGCCGGUCUUUGCACUCAGCAUCCUUAUGGCUACUAUCUUGCCGCGGAAUCAUGUCUCACCAGCAUCCCACUGAUCCAAGGUACCGAGGCUUUGCAAAACCUCCUGCUGAUUGCCAGAUUCGGCAUGUAUCACCAUAUCGGUUGCUCUCUGUGGGAGAUAUCGCAGGUUUGUAUGCGACAAUGCAUCGAACUUGGUCUCCACAAGCAGCCCUCAAAACCGCUGGAGCCACUAAAAGAGCAACACUUUCGCCGGAUCUUCUGGGAAUGCUAUAUUCUGGACCGUUAUAGCUCUGGCAUACUCGGUCGGCCUUUUGCCAUUGCUGAAGCGGACAUCACCGUGUUGUUGCCUGUCAACGCAUAUGACGACCACAUCGCUACACAUUUGUCUGAGAAAUUAGACUCUAUGUACCAAAUUGGAGGCACAGGCAUUACAGAGAUGUCAAUCUUCAUCGUUUUCAUUGAGUUACGACGAAUUAGCUCACGCAUCCACACGACGUUCUAUACAAGGAGGCCCACAAUGCCAUCAACUGAUCGACAUGGUAUGGGCACUCAUUCCAUGGGUCAUGUUUACGUUACUUUUGUGCACUUCAAGUCAGAGUUGGAUGCUUGGCGGCUGACGAUACCCACAUUCGGCAAUCCGAGAUCGCUGUACGAGCGAUCAGAUUGGCACGACUUCAUGUAUCACAAAGACAUGCUGUUACUCACCCGCGGAGCCCUCCACAGUCUUCCUACUCCAUUAGUUCUCGCUAGUAGCAGUGCCGUCGAUCUGGUGAGCGCGUGCUACAUGUCGGCCGCUCGAGUGAUCCAGCUGUACGCUGAUCUCAUGGACAAAAGAGCAAUUACUUGGACUCGGAGUUAUUUCCAGGUCAUAUUCACAGCAGGGCUUACAGUGACCUACUGUAUCAGUUUGGGAAUGCUUGCGCAUAUUUCACACGACCCACAAGCCCAGAAUGACGCCAUCGAGACCAUAACAAGAUGUGCUAGGGUGCUGAGCCACUUCAAGGAGCAAAUGCCGGACGCGGGAUCCUUCGCAGUUGUGUUCGAGCUCCUUAAAGACGAAUGCAUCAACGGUAUACUUGGCAGUUCAGCUACCUCGCUUACCCAUGAGGCUAUCAAUGAAUCCGGGGCUACCGAUGCCUCGCUCAGCGUUCCCCUGCAGACUACAGAGGGCUUGAAUGGCAGUUGGACAUACACCGGGGUCGAAACGCUCGAAAGCAACAUAUUUGGGACCGACUUUGGGCUAACAGAUGAUCUCAUGACACAACUCGAAGCAGGAAUGGGCGAAUAUGCAUGGGGGUCAUUGCCAUUGGAUGGAGAUGUCUGGGACCAGUUCUCAUUUGCUUAAGAAGUCGUUGCUAUAAAAUCGGCCAACCGAUCAAUCGCUGCGAUUGCGGUUUCCAUCUGUGUCUCUGCGGUAGCUGCGCCGAUGUGAGGUGUGCUCACUACGCGCCCUGUCGCCCAAAGAUUUCCAUACCGCUCCUUGGUUGGAGGUUCCUGCUCAUGACAGUCCAGUCCGGCCCCGAAGAUUAGCUGCUCUUCGAGAGCGCGCUCGAGGUCUGCCUC